CUUAUCGAUAAGUCCGAUAACAUUGGGUUAAAAAUUAGCCAAAAAAAUAAAUAAAUAAAUAACAAGUAAAUAAGCCUGGCUUAUUACGUAUCCGUCUCUCCCAUGCGAUCAGUGCAGCGCCAUGGAUCUGGUGGACAUUGAUCAGGUCUUGGAUAACCUGGAAUUACGCAUUGCCGCCGACGAGCAGGAGAGCAGGAAUGCAGCAGCAGCGGCAGCAGCAGCAGCAGCGGCAGCAGCAGCGGCGUCAGUGGCAGCUGCAACGGUAGACUCUACGCCCACGCGCCCACUGGGAGACGGAGCCAGUGCCUCCAAUGGGGGAGGAGUAGCUGCAGGAGGAUUCUCAGCAGCAGGAACUGCUUCAGCAGUAGGUGCACCGCCCACCAAAAGCUUUGUGGGCGUCUCUCAGGUGUUCAACAGCCUGGACGACUAUCGCAACAAUGUAAAAUCCCUGGAGGUGGACAACCAGCUCCCCAGCUAUGACUGGCAGGCGGAGCACUCGCGCGAUGUGGAUGACAGCUUCGAUGACAUCAACAAGUUCAGCGAGGGGCAGGAGAAACGUCCGAAUGAGGCCAUAGUCUCUUCCUCCGAAUCGCUAACUACCUCUUCCUGCUCCACGUUCUCAUCGGGACCGUCGCCAGUGAGCAACGACUCCGAGGAGAUGGAGCCCAGUGCCCUGGAGAUGGUGGGGGCGGCGACACAGGCAGGGGCCAUGCCGCAACCGGAUCAGCCCAAAGUGGUGGUCGAGGACCUGGCCGUGGGCCUCUCCUCCAUUUCCAUCAGCAACAGCACGACCCCUGGGACACAGCCGCUGAUGCCUGGCGAUGUGACGGCCUCCUCGAUGCUCGGAAAGGUGCUCAACGAGUUGUCGGAGGAUCUGACCAGCACAGACCAAGAGACGGAGGUCACCAAUGGUCUGGAGGAGCUGCCGCGCGCAGUGAGUAUCCAGGCAGAUGGAUCCUCACUUCAAAGACCUUCUCCUUAUGCUCUAAUUUAUCAUUUCCAGGAAUCCUUUCUCUCUGAAGCCCCUGCAUCUCCAAAAGAGCCAAAACCAAAGGAUCAGGGGCCACGACGCCAUCAGCCCGUGAAAUUUUGCUCAACGAUGGACGACAUCUCCGACACGGAGCUAGACAGCAUGCUCCAGGAGAUUGAUGUGGAUGAAAACCAGGAGGGUCACGUGGAGGAGCAGCUGCAGCAGCAGCAGGUUGAGAUCCUUGAAGAAGAGGUAUCCGCAUCCGUCUCGGCGUCUGUUUCGCCCGUCACCGAAGAGGAGUCUGUGCGCAUCCUCUCCGACCAGGAGACCACCUCUAACGAUCAACUGAAUGUGGACAACUUCUCGCAGGCCUCCACCGUUGAAUUUGCGGAGCUGAAGCCCCACGAGGCUCCGGCCCCGGUGACGGCCAUUGGCGAGGACAUUGCCUCCUUUAGCAGCACGGAGUCGGAUUCGCUUUCGGGCAGAAAGCUGGACGAAGAAGGGCCAGAGAAUGACGAAAAGAUGGAGGAGAAUGGCGAGCAGCAACAGGUCGAGGGUGCCAGUGUGGCUGCGGAUGCCCUGGAGGCCCAGGAACAGCGUCCCCAGAGACCGCAGACCCUGGAUCUGGGCCAACAGGUAAACGCCAAUGCCGGACAGACGCCGCCAGAGCCCUCCGAGGAGGUGCCUGCAGAUGGAUCCCAGGAGGACCAGCAACUGUCGCAGGCGGAUGCCGCCUCGGCACCAGCCGAAGACGACGAGAGCCCCAUCUACGAGGCCGUGGGGUACAGCGAUCCGCAUGCGAAUCUGGGCAAGGUGCCGCCCAUCUGGGUGCCGGACAACAUGGCCGGGCAGUGCAUGCAGUGCCACCAGAAGUUCACGAUGAUCAAGCGGCGCCACCACUGCCGCGCAUGCGGCAAGGUGCUCUGCUCUGUCUGCUGUUCGCAGAAGUUUCGCCUGGAGUUUGCCAACGAGCCGGAGUCGCGUGUCUGCGUCCAGUGCUUCAUGAUCCUCACGGAACGCGAGGCUUCUGGCGAGACAUAUCCGGACAACGCCUCCGCUCCGAACACGGCCCUGCCGCCCACGCCCAUGCGUUCGCCCAAUCCGAACAAUCCCAUGGAGUACUGCUCGACGAUUCCGCCGCACCACCAGGUGGCCGCCAGCCCGGGCGCACCGCCGCCCAGCGUGAUUGUGCCCGUGGGCGUGCUCAAGAAGACCGACGGCAGCUCCAAUUCGAAUUCCUCCUCCUCGGACAGCAAGAAGGGGCGCAAGCGCAAGAGCGUCAUGUUCAGCGACGGCAUCGCCCCAGGAAGCGAGCUGGCCAGCACCAUGGAGCAGCAGUGGGGCGAGGCCAAGCAGGCACGUCGCGGCGUGCCCCGGAGCAACGGCGGCGGCCAGAAGCCACCCACUCCGGCGACGGAGGAACCAAGAUCCAGUAUUGAGAGCGCCACCAGUGCCACCAUGGGACUGGUGGCCCAACUCUUCCGCGGCUCCAUUCCACCAAGCGCGGCUGCGGCCACGCUGACGGCGGCCGAAUCAAGCGCCGGUCGUCCCACGACCCAGACCUCGCCGCGCCGCAAGGUAGAGCCUGUACGCUCCCGAAAACUACCGCCGAACGGCGAUGCCCAAGGCUGCUAUCUGCCCGUCGAGGAGAACGCCCUGCCGCCCAUCUGUGUGGCGGGCAAGGAUGCCGGCGGCUGUGAUGUGGAAUACAAGGAGGUGCGCAACGAUGGGGAUCUCCUGGAGCGGCUGCAACACGAAACGCUCAAAUUUAUCUUGGAGAACAACUUCUACGUUCUGGUCAAGGUCAUCAACAUGAGCUGCUGCAUGAACCGCUGGGUGCUGAACUUCACCACCUCCGGACUGCACCACAAGGGCAGCGAUGAGCUGAUCAUUCUACUGGAGAUUAAGCCGCCCAAGCAGGGGGAACCGGCUGCAGGGGAGCCGGCUGUGCCGCGCGACGUGUUCCAGCACCUGUACGAGAUCUAUGUGGCGGAUCAUGCACGGACCAGCACCCACGAGCUGGCCUUCACCAGUCCCAGGAGCGCCCACUUUCUUGGAUCGCGAGAGCACGGGGGCUUCAUCUACAUCCGGCCGACGUACCAGUGCCUGCAGGGCGUGAUCGUACCGGAGAAUCCCUACCUGGUGGGUGUGCUGAUCCACCGACAUGAGGUACCGUGGGCCAGGGUGCUGCCGCUGCGGCUGAUCCUUCGCCUGGGCGCCCAGUACCGCUACUACCCCUGCCCGCUGAUCUCGGUGCGCGGGCGCGAGUCGGUGUAUGGGGAGAUCGCGCAGACGAUCAUCAAUUUCCUGGUGGACUUUCGCAACUACUCGUAUUCGCUGCCCGCCAUCCGGGGCCUGUACAUCCACAUGGAGGACCGCCAGAUGACGGUGAUUAUUCCACGCUACCGUCAGCAGGACGUUAUAAAGGCGAUCAACGACGCCAGCGACCACAUCCUGGCGUUUGCCGGCAACUUCUCAAAGGUGGCCGACGGGCAUCUGGUGUGCAUGCAGAACAUCAACGACGACCGAAACGAGAUGUACGCCUACUCCACGCAGGCCAUCAACAUCCAAGGCCAGCCCCGCAAGGUCACCGGCGCCAGCUUCUUUGUGCUGAACGAGGCACUCAAGAGCACCAGCGGCUUGUCCGGCAAGUGCAGCAUCGUUGAGGAUGGCCUCAUGGUCCAGAUAAUGCCAGCCAAAAUGGAGGAAGUGCGCCAGGCGCUGCGAAACCAAACGGACAUCGACAUUGUGUGCGGUCCCGUCGAUGCCAGCGACGACCAGUGCGAGAUCGUCAGCAUCAAGUGGGUGGACAACAAUCGCGACAUCAAUGUGGGUGUAAAGUCGCCCAUUGAUGAGAUGGCCAUGGAGGGCAUCUCCAACAUGCGGCUCCAUGCCAGCUUCAACUAUUCCAAUGCCAAUCACGUUAUCCGCUUGAGUGAUAUCUACAUUAUUAAGUGCGAUGAUUGGUAUUCCACAAAUGGUGGCAACUAUGUGGACAUCACGCGCAUUGCCGAGCAACUGGCCCGAAGCGCCUCGAUGGCCCUGCUACCAUUCCUCGAUCUGCUUGCCGCCGCUGGCAUCAACAAGGUUGGCCUCCGGGCCACGCUGGAUCAGGAGAAUGUCUGCUAUGAGGCCGGUGCCCGUGGCUCGAAGCUCCCUCCGUUGUAUAUGAAUGCCCUGGACAACCAUCUGAUAGCCACGCUUCAUGGCGAAUCGUCGGGCGUCCAGGAGCCCAUCAUCCUCGAGCUGGUGUUCUACAUACUAAACGCCUGAAUAUAAUCCCUCAUAGUGCAAUUCUUCUGUUGGAAUCGAACGCGAUACGGAAACCGUCUUAAGUCUAUUUGUAAGUCCACGGGCUGAUCCGUUCUCUAGUUGUAUUGUCCGGGUGGCUCAGCUACAAUAAUAACUGUGUAUAUAUAUAAGUAGUUCCAUCGAUUGGGUUUCCGCUUUUCUACGACUUUCCCCAUAUUUUGGUUUGUUUCAAUCUAGUUUUUCGCCUGAACUUUAAACGAUUUGAGUUUUCAUUGAAAGUAAAAAGAAACAAGUAAAAACUAAACCUAUCUAAGAAACCUUAAAUAUAUAUAUAUUUCUAUGUGAUGUUCUUAAAUAAUGCUUUUCCAAUUGAGUAUAUAUAAAGAUAUGUGUACGCUGUAUCUGUAUGAAUAACAAACUAUAUAAAAAUGUUGGUUAAA